AUGAAAAGAGACUCUGGAUAUUCCACCAUGGCUGAGCAGCAGAAGCAGGCAGAGAAGCUCUGGGAUGCCCUGAAGGUCACCGCCUGCAUCCUUGGUACCGGCCUGCUCACAUUCACUGCCUUAGCGAACACUAUUUCUUGGAACGUGCAGAAUCUCUGGGACGCUUUAGGCCAUUUCUGGCAAACAACGUGGCUAAAGCUCUACUACCUGUUUGAGGGAAAGGAGUGGACAAUCUUCUUCCUUGGGGCUGCAUUGGUGCCUAGCCUUGCUUUCUGGUGCUUCAAUGGAAUCCUCAUGGUGGCUGAUGUAACAGGAAAGCCAACUUUCAUUACUCGCUAUCGCAUUCAGCUGGGCAAGAACGAUCCUGUGGACACAAAAAAAUUGCGCCAAGCCAUCUACACAGUGCUGUGUAAUCAGUUCUUUAUCUCCUUUCCCAUGCUUGUGCUUAUGUUCUAUGUCAUGAAAUGGUGGGGCAACACCUUCAGCAAGGAAUUACCCACCUUCCGCUGGUUUCUUGUGGAGCUAAGCAUCUUUACCUUAAUAGAGGAAAUUCUCUUCUAUUAUACACACAGGCUUGCUCACCUCCCGCUCCUGUAUAAGCACAUUCACAAGAAGCACCACGAAUGGACAGCCCCCAUUGGCGUGGUCUCCAUUUAUGCUCACCCAGUGGAACACAUACUCUCCAACACACUGCCUGUCAUGACUGGACCGAUGAUCAUGGGGUCCCAUAUUGUUUCAAUCGCAGCGUGGUUCUCCCUUGCUCUCAUAACAACAAGCAUUUCGCACUGCGGCUACCACCUGCCCUUCCUACCGUCGCCGGAGUUCCACGACUUCCACCACCUCAAGUUCAAUCAGUGCUACGGAGUCCUGGGAGUGCUGGAUUAUCUGCAUGGAACAGAUACAGUGUUCAGACAAACCAAAGCCUAUGAGAGACACAGGGUCCUCCUCAGCUUCACACCGCUCUCAGAAAGCAUCCCCGAGGCACCCAAGAGGGCAGAGUGA